AUGUUAACAUUAUUUUUGGUCAUCAUUUGUGAAUGUUAUCUUAGUCCAUUUGUAACACCGAUUGCUCAUCAUUUGGAUACUGCUCUUGCAAAUAUUCAUAAUACCGGUACGAAUGUUGUAAACACAAUAACAGGUGCAAUUGAUACUAUAACACAUUUUAUUGGCUCACAAAUCAACCUCAUUGGUAAACGAAGUGAAAUGACACCAUUACAAAAUCUAUUGUUAGAGUUAAAAACAUUUUUAAAUGAAUUUAAACAAAGUAUUAUGAAUAUAUUCCAAAAUGUUCUGUCACAUGUUGUUCUUCGAAAUUUAAAUAGUAUCGUAUCACUAGAUGAUAUAAAACAACAAAUUUUAUCAUUACAAACAUUAUUACAAACACAUAUUACCAAUUUAAAGGAAAUAUUAAAUACACUCAACAUAAAUUUGAAUCAACAAUUAUUAACAACGGGUAUGAAUGUAUUACAUACAUUACAACAAGCACUUAAUUCCAUAAUGUCAACAUUAUAA